AUGGAUGAUUUGAAUGGAGGGAAUACAGUAGAUGUUUGGAAAGGGGAGAGUUGGCGCCAAGACCGUCUAGUCCUCAACAAGGAAGCCAUGUCCCUCAAAGUCACGGAUAACUUUAUACCUCUCCUGAACGAAGUCGGGGAAGAUUUCGUCAAGAGGAUGGAGACGAAGGUUGGAAUCAGCCCGCAAGAUAAAUGGACGACCGAUUUGACUCACGAGCUUUUCCGGUUCGCCUUGGAGUAUAUUAGUCCAGGUGGGUCUUUACGCCAUGUUUCGGGAUUCCAGGUUUUUCUCCAAACCCCUGCAGUUCAACCCAGAAAGGUGGAUUAAGGCUGAGGACCCCAGAUAUUUCAGAGGAUUAAGCUUUGGCUUCGGGCCGCGUCAGUGUCUCGGCCGCAGAAUUGCCGAGAUGGAGAUGCAGCUGUUUUUAAUCCACAUGCUGGAAAAAUUCAAGAUUGAAAUAAAGAGAGGCGUGGAGAUUGGUACCACCUUUGGCCUCAUCCUGAUUCCAGACAAGCCCAUCUACUUGACGCUACGGCCUCAUCAUUCCCAUCAGUGAAUGGGUGAAGUUUCCCAGAAGCCCCUGGUGCCUCUUUCAAAACACCUGGAGAAGGAAC